CUCAAGCCUGCUUGGGCGCCAGGCGGGCUGUUGCUGCCCCCUGCCGCGGCUCGGGCGAUGGCGGCGGUCCUUCCCCUCGUCGGGGAGCAGGUGGCGUUGCUUGCGCCGCUGGUCAAGGCGGCAGCUGCAGGGGCUGCUGAAGGCGGCGGCGGGCGGCAGGUGGUGGCCGCCGCUGUCGCUUCGGCCCUUCGCGUGGGCGCUUCUCUCCUCGCCCCGCGCCUGGCUUCCGAGGUGGACGAGGAGGUGGCGGCAAGGGAGCAGCUUGGAAGGCCCCACCUGACCGAGAUGGUGCGGGCGGGCCGCGAAGGCGUCGUGGCUCGGCCCUCUGGGGCCAGUCGCGCCUUCCGCGGCUGGGCCCAGCACGCCGAUUUCGGCGCAGGGCCGCAGGCGGUGCCCACCACGGCGGCCGAGGCCCGGCGCCGGGCGCGUGGCCGCCGUCGUGGGGCUGGCGAUGCAGCGUCGGCUCCCACCACGGACGACCUGGAGGACGAGAGGGAGAAGCUGCAGGAGAAGGUCUCAGUGCACCCUUGCGCUCAGCCGAUGGGGGAGCUGAUGAAGAAGGACCUCAUGUGCGCCCCUGGAUGCCAGGCCACCCUGGAGGUCAAGGCGGUGGGGUCGGCCAUUGACGAGCUGGUCCUGGAGAACACUCGGCUGUUCAUGGGGGAGACCAAGCGCGACUCUGAGAAGCUCGUCGUGAAGGACUCCAAGGAGAAGCGGCUGCCGCUGACCGUCAGCGCUGCCAAGCAGAUGGUCCUGGGCACCGCGUGCGCCGUGAAGAUGCUGGAGCCCCAGCUGGCGGAGGCCCGAUCCGCGCACGAGGCCGCCUGCAGGGCGGUCCUCGGCGCGGGCUUCGUGUCGUCGCAGCUGUUCGGCAACGGCGAGGCUGGCCCGUGAAGUUGGCCAAGUUUUGAUGCUCGGGGAGCUGCCCGAGAAAACGGCCAAGUCAUGAGGGCUGCGGAGGCUCGUGUUCCUCCUGCGGCCCCAGGGGCUCUCCUGCGCGACUCCCCUGUCGCUUUGCAUUUAGCCCAUUUAGUCCUCCUCCUCUCCCUCCUCCUCCUCUCUGCUUCUCCUCUGACACUUGGUUUUGGGCCCGUCCUUCCUUCCCGAGUGUCAGAGCUUGGGCUUCAGCGGCUUGGUUCGCUCAUCGCUUCGCAGUUCGGUCGGCUCGCCAGAGCGUCUGGAA